AUGCACCGCGCUGUCUCCAACCAGCGCUCGGUCUCCUCCUCCUCGGGCUCCUUCCAGCCGCCGCCACCGCCGCCGCUGCCGCACGCCGCCGACCGGCAGCCUCUCUUCCCGGGGGGUUCCAGCAGCGGCGGCAGCCGGCGGGGCUCGGGGUCGAGCUCAGGCUCGGCGCGAGCCCGCCGCCCCCGCAGCAGCACCGAGGAGGAGGAGGAGGAGGAAGAGGAGGAGGAGGACAGCAUCAGCAUCAGCAAGCCCCUGGUGCCGCCGCCCGCCGCCCCGCUCGGAGGCGGCGGCGGCGGGAGCCCGGGCCGCAGCAUGACGGCGGCGGAGCUGUACGGGGCGGUGGCGGCGGGCGGCGGGGCGGCGGGCGGCGGGGCGGCGGCGGGGGCACUGCUGGGGCCCGGAGGGGCGGCGGGCGGGCGGCGCUGGGGCUUCCAGGCGCUGUCCCUGGUGCUGCUGCUGGGGCAAGGCGCGCUGCUGGACCUCUACCUGAUCGCCGUAACCGACCUAUACUGGUGCAGCUGGAUCGCCACCGAUCUGGUGCUGGCGGCCGGCUGGGGCAUCUUCUUCUGCCGUAACAGCCGGGCGCGCCGCCGGGAGCGGCCCCCGCCGCCCCCCGGGCCGCCGCCGCCGCACCCGCUGCUGCUGCACGGCCCCCCCGGCGGCCGCGGGGCCGGGGGCCGCGGGGCCGGAGCCCCCCCCCGCGGCGGCGACUUCGCCUACGCGCACCUCGCCUGGCUCAUCUACUCCAUCGCCUUCACGCCCAAGGCGGCGCUGAUCCUGGGCACCUCCAUCCUGGAGCUGAUCGAGCUGCGCCUGCCGCUCGGCACCACCGGGUUCCGCAUCACGCUGGCGCUCUCCGCCCCGCUGCUGUACUGCCUGCUCAGGGCCAUCGGCACCGAGGGCACAGGGCAGCUGCUCCUGCCGCCGCAGCCGCCGCCGCAGCACCGCGCCGCCGCCGCCUUCCUAGCCACCUGCCUCGACCUGCUCGACAGCUUCUCCCUGCUGGAGCUGGUGCUGCAGCCCGGGCGGCCGGCGCCGCUGCCCGCCCCGCUGCGCUACCUCCUUAUCGCCGUCUACUUCCUCUGCCUGGCCUCGCCGGUGCUGUGGCUCUACGAGCUCAGCGCCGCCCGACCCCCCGGCGCUGCCCGCCUCACCCUCCACCUCUUGCUGCCCGCCGGGCUGCUGGACGCCCCGCUCCUGGCGCUCCGCUGCCUCCUGCUCCUGCGCUACCAGCAGCCGCUCUCCCUCUUCAUGCUGAAGAACCUCUUCUUCCUGGCCUGUCGCGGCCUGGAGGCACUGGAGACCUGCUGCCUCCUCCGCCCCGUCGCUACCCCGCCGCCCGCCAAAUACGGCCCCCCCGCCGCCGCCCCCGCCGCCGCCGCCCCGCUGGCCCACGGUCUCUCCGACGCCGACGUGGGCCCCCACGGGUAUGUGAACGCCUUGGCAGUCACCGUUCCUGCCGCCGCGGCCGAGCAGGAAGAAUGGGACGCCCCGGCCGGACCCUCGCUCUCCUCCUCCCUUUCCCGCGAACAAAUCCAGCAGCGGCAGGUCGGCGCAAUCCAGACUACCUUCAGGAGGCUUCGGCUGACGCUCGUCCUCGGAAAACGCACCUGCCCUUCCGGGGACCGGUGGACUUUGUCCCCUGGUUUGAGAACUCCUCCUGACCACAACGAGGAGCUGUGA